UUCUCAUCAAAUGGAGCACAACCAAAUACGUAUCUUUGGUUUAUCACCAUCGUCAGCUUCUCCUAAUUUCUCAUCGAGCGCUGCUUCAAGUAUUCCUCAAUUAUUUCCUCAUGUUCAUAGUAGCAAUGCAGUUCCUAUGGAUAUAUGCGGAACCUCCUACAGUUCAGUAAACAAAUUGAAAUCGGGAAGGAAACACUACGGUGACGAGGAGACCAAGAAACACAAAAUUGCAUUUCAAACAAGGAGCCAAGUUGAUGUACUUGAUGAUGGAUAUCGGUGGCGAAAAUAUGGGCAAAAAACGGUUAAGAACAAUAACUUUCCCAGAAGUUACUACAAGUGUACAAAUCAAGGGUGCAACGUGAAAAAGCAAGUCCAACGCCUUUCUAGAGAUGAGGAAAUUGUGCUCACCACAUAUGAAGGAAUACAUAUUCAUCCCACUGAAAAUUCUGAUGAAACCUUUGAGCAGAUCAUUAACCAAAUAAGGACAUAAAACACCAAAACAAGUCAUGAUAUAUAUGUGUCCAUUUGCAACGUGAAAGUUUCUAAUCAUAUUCCUAGCUU